AUGAGCGCCCACCUGGCCACGCUGCCCUACGCGCCCUACCCCGGCGCGUCCAGGUAUGGGGACUACUACUGGCUGCCGGCCGGCAGCACGGACAGCGCGCCCGCCCAGGAGGCUGCGGGGCUGGACGCGCUCCCCCUGCCCGCGGCCAAGACGCCCAGUUCAUCAGUUGACUCUCCAGCUUCCUCCAGCUCUGGGACGUUCACGCAGUACCACACCCCCGACUCCGCCACUAGCCCCACGGCCGCAGGGUCCCCGUCUCCCCACUCCUCCGCGCAGAAGGUCAAGGCGCAAGGCAAGGGCGGCGUGAAGAGCAAGAGCCGCACAGCCUUCUCGCAGGACCAGCUGAGAGCCCUACACCAGCGCUUCCAGAACCAGAAGUACCUCAGCCCCCAGCAGAUCCGGGAGCUGGCUGCCGCCCUUGACCUCACCUACAAGCAGGUGAAAACGUGGUUUCAGAAUCAACGGAUGAAAUUUAAGCGUUGCCAAAGGGAGAGCCAGUGGGUGGAUAAAGGGAUGUACCUACCGCAGAAUGCGGCUCAUCAGGCUGCCUACCUGGACAUGGCACCCACGUUCCACCAGGUCUUCCCUGUCGGCGCCACCAGGAGCUUCCAGGCUGUGCACAACGUGCACCAGGCUUACAGCAGUGGACAGUCUUAUGGGAAUGGGCAAAAUCUGUACUCAUUCGUGUCUGUGGAGGAUGUGGAGAAUGUGGGGCUCUUUGGAAAAGGUGGGACGAGCUGCAAUACCCAGCAAACCGUGGGUUUAUUAAGCCAGCAAAUGAACUUUUAUCACAGCUGCUUUGACAAUGUAGAUUAUGUCAGCGUGAAGGUAGAAGACUCCUCCAACUUCCAAAACACCUCUGACAGUGUCACACCGUAUUCAAGCUCUCCUAUACAGAAUCAAUGCCAGUUACCUUGGCAUCCCAUGGGAAACCAGAAUGGGUAUGAGUCUCAGGUUUGAGUAUUUUUUUUUUUUCUCCCAUCUCUUGUGUUUACCCAUGGGAUUUCCAGGGUUUUGACUCAGGAAUACAUGUUCUUUUCGUUUUUCUUGCCCUUCCUCCACUACUGCUGUUUUAAUAACUGGAGGGGCUCAGCACUCUGCUGUCUGAGGCUAGUUUCCCGUUUCAGUGUGCCUCUCUGCUCAUAGCUAACCCUGGGCAAAGAUGCUUUGGGUAUUGACAAGAUUCAACCUCAUUCAUUGAGGCCA